AUGAAUAAUUCUGAAAUUGAUGAUAUUGUACCUCCCUGGAGCCACCCUGAUAAUAUUGUACACUACAAGGCAGUGGCAGAGAUAGAGUUGUUCUAUCAUGUUGUCUUGAAGCCUGCAGUGCUCGUCCUCGCUGUUGUCACCAACAUCAUCAACUGCAUCGUGUUCAGGCGCCAGGGUCUGAUGGACCGCAUGAACCUCUGUCUGUUUGUCCUCUCUCUCGUGGACAUGACUUACCUGGUUUACUCCAUGACCUUUAGCAUCACAUACUGGAUUAAACUGUCAGACCUUGAAGUCGGGGAUUUUAUUUAUUAUAGCGCUCGUUGUUAUGGUAUGGGGGUGAGUUAUGGCCUGAGAGAAACCUCAUCUUGUAUUAAUACUGUGAUAGCGGUGGAGCGCUGCUUGUGUGUCCUGUUCCCACUACGAGCCAAGUACCUUGUGAGUACUACAACGAUGGGAAUUUUACUGGUUGCCAUAGUGAUUACGAUGCAGGUUGCCUUCGUUACAAACCCUAUCAAGAAUUUUAUAUUUCAAGCUAAUGAUGGAGAUACUAACGAGACUUGGUGGAACCAGACUCUGUCGGACAGCUGGCAGAAAAAUGAGUUUCUGCGAGCGUAUGACAAGAUUGAGGACACAGUCAUGCAGAUCGUGUUGCCAGUCCUCAACUUCCUCCUAGUCUCAGGUGCAACGGCCAUCACGGUUGUCUCGCUCAGAGCUGCCAUCUUGUGGCGACAGAAGACCAGUUCCGCCAACAGUGAGGCUUAUUUCCAGCAGGUGGCGCUGACCAAGAUGCUCGUGUUGGUCUCGUGCGCUUUCGUCACCAGCAAGCUGCCGAUGAUCUCGAUCACUAUCACCCGCAUCGUCCAUCCCAGUUUCGCGCCCUCUGGUUGUCAGUACAACUUGUACAAGGUGUUCGAGAUGAUGAGCCGUUACUUCCCGUACCUUCACAGCUCCUGUACAUUCUUUAUCUACUACUUCAGCUCAUUGAGGUUCAGGACUGAGGUCCAGAGGAUCUGGGGCUGCGUCUACAAGUCGAUGUUCUUCGCACGUGCAAACCAGUCUACUAGGCUUGCUUUUCAGUGA